AUAUAAACAACCAGGAAAUCAGGAAAUGGCAAUCCAUUUCACUGAGCGUGGAGGUGGAUGUGUCAUCUCAGAACUGAAAAUGUUUUUGUUUGAAGUGGGUUUUUUGGUUGCUGUUUUGCAAGUCUAUCCAACCUACGCUGUCGAGAAUCAAGCAUGUACUUCGGUGGAAAUUGAUUGUGGAAAUUUGAAGACCAGGGAUGGUAGAUACAUGUAUCUAUACGACAUUCCAGGUGUAUCUGAGAUUGCGGGGCUCAACAUGAACGGGACUGCCAUUGCUAACAGUGGAGGGGACAAGCCAAUGGAAUUUGAUAAGAAUGAGGUGGUAACAAUGAACAACAGUUCAAUCACCCUCUAUAAAUGCCAAAAUCUGACAAUGAACUUCAUUUACAGUGAUGCUACACAGCAGAAGGCUGGAACUGAGUCUAAUGGUAAACAACCCCCAGUUAAGGAGAGAUGUUCCCAUUACAUUGUCACAGAGAUGAGGAAUGAGGUUGUGACAACUGCACCUUUGAAUUCAACUAUCAUCAAAGAUGGAGACAAUCCUGAUUCAAACCGUGGUGACACUGAUUUGAUCUGGAAAAUCAUUGUUGGUAUUGUAGCUGUUGUGGUGGUCAUUGCUGCUCUGCUCUGUGUGUUUAAACCUUGGAGAGACAAACAGUGCCACCAAGGCCACAGAGACGUGGAAGAGGGUCAGGGCAAUCCAGAACCAAACUCCAUUCCUCUGAUGCAGAAUGAGCGACGUGAUGCCAGAGACAUCAGAAAGCCUGAUGACGGUGAGACUGUUGAGGCUGUGGUUGUUCCCAGUGACCAAGGAGGUGAGCCAGGAGAGGAGAACAGGCAGCCCAUGGACAAUGAAGAGACAGGCGCUGACACCCCUCUGCUGAAUGGAGAUGCCAGCGACCAAGGAGAGGAAGGCGUUCUAGGAAUGGAGGAUGGAAAACCGUCAGACAAUGACAGAGCAGACACUGAAACCUGUCAGAAGACACAUGCUGAACCCCCUCUAGUGAAUGGACACCAUGAUGUCAGGGUUAACAAUGAGACUAAGGAAGUGACUCCUGGUGCACAGAGUCCAGGACCUCCUCAGAUGAAUGGAGGACCUCCCAUGUUUAACAGAGCUGCAGAGGAGACCACUGCUCUAUUGGACAAACAGGCCUUGGACAAGGACCAAGUCACCAAACCUCCUGAGUUAAUAGACAAAGGACAUAAUGACAUGGAGUCAAGAAGAGGAGAACUGUAACAAGCGGUGGACGUUUGUAUAACAAAAGAGAACCUAACGCCAUAUAAUAAGAUACAGUAAUACUGUAUAUAAUAUACAUAUUAUAAGAUACACAUUUGUGACUUGCUUCAUCAUAAUCAGUCAUGUCAACCCAAAACACAUUCUGAAAAGUCUUUCAAUGAUUUUCUAAAAUCUAAGCAGUUUAUUAAGUUAAUUCUCUAUGAGACAGCUGUAACUUGGAUAAGUUAGGAAAUGUGUUCUAGUAUAUCAGUUGAAAUUACAAAACGGCCCAAAACUUUUAGAUAACUUAUCUAAAUUAUUAUUAUCUACAUGUUUAAUUACUAUUAUCUGAAAAUGAGUGUGCGACAUGACUGAUUAUGAUACAACACGUCACAUAUUAGCUAUACAACAUUAUAUAUCAAAUUAUAUGAAAGUAUGAUAAGAUCAUACACUAGUAUUGUAUAGUAUACAUACAAGCAAUUAUAUAUAUAACACACACGUGAAAAGAUGCUUAAAACAUGAACCUCUCUAGUAUUGACAUAUCCAAGAUCAUGAGGUCUCAAUGUCUUGUGGACAUGUCAAAUAGCUAAACAUUGACUAGGCGUUAUUUAGAGUAGGCCUCAUUAUCACAGGGCCCAGUCUAAGAAGCUCUGUUUUACUGAAGCAAUUAUUCAUUACUUCUGAAAUGAGAGUUAGCAUGUCAGUUAAAAUAACUUGCAUAAUUUGUCCCAUUUAACACACACCUGUAAUCCUACUUUCAGUAAAGAAAGUUCAUGUUCCAUUUUAGACUCUAGAUGAUAUUACACCAGACUUUAUUUAAACCACUGUUUUCAUAGGAAAUCAUGAUUGGUCAGUUAAAACAGGUAACACUUCAUAUGGAUGUUGUCUUUAUAAUGCAAUAUAGGAGCGUUAAUAACACCUUCUAUGCAUAAUGCAUCAGGAUGCACAACAUAGGUGCUAAUAACUGCUCAUGGACAUCUAUAACUGAAUGAAGCAUUAUCACCAGGAUGUGUAAUGCCUUAUGAAGCAAAGUAUUACUAUGCCAGAUGCCAUAUUUGAAAAGCACAUUAGGAUCGUUAUAUUAUACAUUAUGUGCUCGAUAAGUGAUUGGCCAUAUUGUAAUUUCACUGCACACCCUCUUACACCUAUGUAACUCCACCCAAGUUGCAAAAUGACACAGUUGUUCUUACCCUGUAAGCAGUCUAUGGACAAGAUAAGAAAGCAAUCCAUGCUUUGGUUUUGUUUACUGUACUUGGUCACAGAAAUGCUCAUGUUUUAGCAUUUGUGGCACAUAUCCAAGUCAAUAACCCUGAUAUAAGCAUUUUUGCAUUUCAUAUCCAAAUCAUCCUAAAGCAGGGAUCCUCAACUAGAUUCAGCCGCAGGCCGUUUUUUCUUUUUUUCUUUGAGUGGAUGGUCAGGGUGCUGGAACCUAAUUACAAAUCAUUUGUAGACUGCACAUUAACUGCAAGAAGCCCAAACAUAUAUAAUAUUUCACCAAAACAUGAUCAUUUCAAACCCUGCUUACAUUUGUUUAUAAUCACAUAUAUCUAUCUAUUAAGCGUGGGAUUUCUUUCCAAAAUUACAAUCACUUGGAGCUGAUUUGCUGGUGUUUAAAAAAAAAAAAUUCAG